UCUUGUUUCCUUUCGUAUUUCUUUUUGUUUUAUAUACUUUCUUUUUUAUAAGAAUUAUUAGGGGGCGUCGUACAAAGCUACGCAUGUAGUGCCUUUUCUUUAGUUUUCAUAUUUCAACGGCGCAUCCCCAUUGUUUGUUGACACCAGGUUGAUCACAGAGACAUAUUUGAGAAGAUGAGGGUCCAAAAAUGGCAGAUACCCUGAACCACAACCCCUACAAAAACCCAGUUCGUUGGUGAAGAAAAAACAGAGAGAAAAUCAACUGCGUAAAAACAGAGCAACCCCUUUUUGCAGAAAUGGGAUCAGAUUAUGGAAUCCCCAGAGACCUUUCAACUCUUCAAAAGGCUCGAUCUUUUUACAAACCAUUGCUUCCUCCUUGCCUUCAGGGAACUACUGUGCGAGUAGAAUUUGGUGAUGCGACUACUGCAGCAGAUCCUUCUGGUGCUCAGGCUAUUAGUCAAUCGUUUCCUCACACUUAUGGUCAACCUUUGGCUCAUUUUCUUAAACCUACAUCCAUUGUUCCGGAUGCACAGAUUAUCAACGAUCACCCUGCAAUCAAGGUCGGAGUGGUUUUCUGUGGUAGACAAUCUCCUGGAGGACAUAAUGUUGUUUGGGGUUUACAUGAAGCUCUCAAAAUUCAUAACUCUUCAAGUACUUUGCUUGGAUUUCUGGGUGGUUCGGAAGGUUUAUUUGCUCAAAAAACCCUUGAAAUCACAGACGAUGUUCUUGCAACCUACAAAAAUCAAGGUGGUUAUGAUCUAUUGGGAAGAUCGAGAGAUCAAAUAAGAACAUCAGAGCAAGUUAACGCCGCCAUGGCUGCAUGUAAUGCUUUGAAGUUAGAUGGCUUGAUCAUUGUCGGAGGUGUAACAUCAAACACCGAUGCAGCCCACCUCGCUGAGACUUUUUCUCAAGCAAAAUGCUCUACAAAGGUGGUUGGAGUACCUGUUACUUUAAAUGGAGAUCUCAAGAACCAGUUUGUGGAAGCUAAUGUUGGUUUUGAUACAGUUUGCAAGGUUGACUCUCAACUCAUUAGCAACCUAUGCACAGAUGCUCUUUCUGCUGAGAAGUACUAUUAUUUUGUUCGACUCAUGGGUCAGAAGGCCUCACAUGUUGCCUUGGAAUGCACUCUUCAAUCACAUCCUAACAUGGUUAUUCUUGGUGAGGAAGUUGUUGCUUCAAAACUUACCAUUUUUGACUUAACAAAACAGAUAUGUGAUGCUGUGCAAGCUCGUGCAGAAAAAGAAAAAUACCAUGGUGUUGUUCUACUUCCAGAAGGGCUUAUAGAAAGCAUCCCUGAAGUUUACGGGUUGUUAAAGGAAAUCCAUCGAUUUCUUCGACAAGAAUCAGAUGACUCAGCACAAUUGUCACAGAUUGAAACAGAAAAGCUUCUUGCUGUACUUGUAGAAGCAGAAAUGAGCAAAAGACUAAAAGAAGGAACAUACAAAGGGAAGAAAUUUACAGCUAUCUGCCACUUUUUGGGAUAUCAAGCUCGGGGUUCUCUACCUUCAAAGUUCGACUGUGACUAUGCUUACGUUCUUGGACAUAUUUGUUACCAUAUUUUGGCAGCUGGUUUGAAUGGUUAUAUGGCCACAGUAACUAACUUGAAGAAUUCUUUGAGCAAGUGGCGUUGUGGUGCUGCUCCAAUAACGGCUAUGAUGGCUGUGAAGGAUUAUGGUAGUGCAUCGGGAUCCAUAACUAUUGGAAGACCCGUUGUCCAUCCUGCUAUUGUGGACUUGAGAGGCAGAGUAUACGAGGUGCUAAGACAAAACGCAACAAAGUUCUUAAUGGAUGAUGUGUAUAGAAACCCUGGGCCUCUUCAAUAUGAUGGUCCAGGGGCUGAAUCUAGGACUGUUAGCUUGUGUAUUGAGGAUCUGGAUUAUAUGGGGCGUAUAAAGGAACUGAAUGUAUAUCUUGACAAGGUACGAAGCAUUGUGAAACCUGGUUGUUCUCAGGAUAUUCUGAAAGCUGCUCUGAGUGCCAUGUCUUCUGUGAUGGAUAUUCUUUCUGUUAUGUCAUCUCCUUCAAAUGGCAACAUUUAGUUAGAGUCAUAUGUGUAUGGCUUUUAGGAUCCCGAUGUUUGAUCAAUAAUGAGAAAUAACGGCAUUUAGGUUAUGAAAUGCUACCAUUUUGUGAAGUCUUUGCGGGUUGUGCAAAGGUAUAUAGAGUAUCUAUUCUCUCACAUAUAACCAAAACAAUCCUUUUCUUCCUAAUAGAAAUAUUAACGCAUUAAAAAAAAAAACUAUAGUGUUCGGUUAGAAAGA